AUGGCAAAGAGUUUAGCCAUAGCAUCCCUCCAAAUUCUCAGCCUACUUUUACUAGCAAGCUCGGGACAAUCAAGGGCAUUGUUCACAAAUUUGACGGUGUACGUCCAUGAAUUUCGAAGUGGAGAAGGUCAGAGUAUUUUCCCAGUUGCAGGUCUCUCCAACGUAACUUGGGGCUUUAACCAAUUUGGAACUGUUUUUGUCGUUGAUAAUACCUUGACACAAAGCGUUUCAGUCAAAUCCGCACUAGUUGGUUGUUUGCAGGGCAUUGCUGCAGUAGCAUCCCUUGAUAACACCAACAUAGAGCUUGCGGAAACGUUUCUGUUCACUGAUGGAAAGUACAAUGGCAGCACUCUGGAAAUGAAAGGAAUUCUUAUACAGUCUAUGCAUGUCAAUGAAGUUGCAAUUGUGGGAGGAACCAAACAAUUUCGGCAUGCAACGGGGUAUAUUACCUUUGAGACUGUCCGCACAACAGAAGAUUAUAUUACUGUAAGGUCGAACCUCCACAUUAGACAGGACAUAUAG